UUAUCAACUACGGAGUAGCAGAUCAGGGGAGACCAAAGAGGGGCUUCCCCUUUUCCUGCCAUCUGAGAGCUUAUCGAUACUCCAGCCUGAAGAAGCAAGUUAUCCUUGUUCUUCUGUCCCGCAAAAACAUCAAGAGAAACCAACUUUGCUCCAGAUCCGACUGUGAUUUGAAACUGUUGGGAUUGUGACCUCCACUGUGCACGGGCAGAUUCCGCGGGAGGGCCUCGACUGGGUAGAACGUCUUCCACACUGGAAAGAAAGUUAGCCACUCAGGGGGCGCCGAGAUAUUGAUAUUUAGCGUGAAUACAGAGUCUGACACCGUUCCGUGGUUCAACCGCAGCUUUCUGCUUGUGGCGAGAAGCCUUCCAGAAGAAGUCAGGAACACGAUUAGCCUGAUUGGGUCCUCUUAGUGGAUGCUGAUCAAAGAAUUUACUCACAAUGGCACCCCUACAAAAUUUCAGAAGGCCACACACUGCUUCCCUUUCACACAAUUUCAAUCCCCUCUGUUCGGAAUUUUCAGUGGGAUCAUAGUCUGCAGAGAUGACUUUGACCGAAUUACGCAAAAAGGAGCCCAUUGUCACCGUGGUGAUGACACAGUCCCCAAUUUGAAAGACCUCAAGGAUGCGAUUCCCAAGGAGUGCUUCGACUCCUCGGCCGUCACCUCCCUCCUCUACGUUGCGCGUGAUAUCCUCUACUGCGCUAUCCUGACCUACGCCGCCUUUCACAUCUACCUCCUCCCUACACUGGAGCUGCGGAUCAUCGCCUGGGCUGUCUAUGGCUUCUUCCAGGGCUGUGUGGGCACCGGGUUGUGGAUUUUGGCCCACGAAUGCGGUCAUGGUGCCUUUUCACGUCACCAGAAGCUGAACGACUUCGUCGGCUGGGCGCUUCACUCCUUCUUGAUGGUGCCCUACUUCUCCUGGAAGAUCACCCAUGCUCGCCAUCACCGCUACACUGGUAACAUGGAGAAGGAUACGGUCUUUGUGCCCUGGACCGACUCGCAGCUGGCCAAGAAGAAGAACGUGCGCAUUGAACAGCUGAAGCACUUGACCGAGGAGACCCCAAUUGUCUCUUUCGUCCACCUCAUUGGUCACCAGCUCAUGGGCUGGCAGCUGUAUCUGUUCCUGAAUGUCACCGCUGGUCCGAAAAGUUUGCCCGAGAACCGUCCGCUGAAGGGCGUCUCGAGCCACUUCAACCCCUUCGGAGACAUCUUCACUCGUGCUCAGUGGGUCAGCAUUGCGCUGUCCGACCUGGGCUUGCUGAUUAUGGGAUCCGUUCUGUACUAUGCCUCGACUCAGAUUGGAGGCUGGAACGUUGUUCUCCUGUACCUGAUCCCCUACCUCUGGGUCCACCACUGGCUGAUUGCCAUUACCUAUCUCCAGCACACCCACCCUGCCGUGCCUCACUACAGCGCCGAGACCUGGACCUAUACCAAGGGUGCUCUGGCCACCAUUGAUCGCAGCAUCGGUUUCAUUGGACGUCACUUUUUCCACGAGAUCAUUGAUUAUCAUGUGGUCCACCACUUGUUCAGCCGCAUUCCUUUCUACCACGCAGAGAAGGCCACACACGCCAUUCAGCCUUUGUUGGGUGCGAACUAUCACGAGGAGAAGCAGGAGAGCUUCCUGUACUCGCUCUGGACGACCUUCAGGAAGUGCAUCUAUGUCUCUGAGAAGGGCCAUGGCCACAACGAGGCGCCUGGUGUUUUGCACUUUGUCAUUCCUAAUGAGAGCAAGUGAUUUGGAAUGGUGGGUGUUCAUUUGGCGAUGGCCCUGCAUAUAGUUGACGCAAGGUGAUUGUAUUAGACGUAUAUUUGUAUAUAGAUAGACUGAUAGACUAUAGAUUGGUUUGGAUUAAAUUGCCCGAUGGAA